AUGGCAAGAUCAGGKAAACGUACCAACAACACCAUAUUCAGGAAGAGUUUACGGAUCCAGGAACAAAAGAAGUAUGCUGAGCAGGAUUCAGAUGUAAAACGAUAUCAAGAAUUACUAAAGAAGGAUUUAGAAAAAGAUAUUCCUCCUAAACGAGCGAAGGGGAAAAGAAAAGCAAGAAAGAAACCCGAUGAUCAAAGUGUCCUGGCACCAAUAGCGCUUCCACAACGACCCAAGUUUGCCAGUGCUCGAAAGUCAAAAGAGGAAGUUAAGCCCAAUUAUUCAAAUUCGAAUGCAUUGCCGCCAAGUCUAAUGCAAACCACGACAAAAUCAUUUGAAAAUAGAGUACAACUACAACACACUUACCCUGAAUUGAUUAAACUAAUCAAUGAUAAUUUGUCUCGAAACACAAUUGAUAUACCAUUAGUCCAUAACUUUGCUCCCAAAAAUCUAGAAUUAGAACAGCAAAGAUUUAAAAUUCCAUCCAAUUUCUAUAAAGAACCUAAUUAUUCAUUAUCCAUAACUGACGAGAUGGAAUUUUUUUUUUGUGAAAGUAUCAAGAAUGAAAUUCCAUUAGUUUAA